CUUCAGUUGACUGUUGCCGGCAUUUGGUCUCGUUUGACAUCCGGUUAUAAGUUCAGAACAGAGCUAUAGUAAAUUUUGUAAUAGAUACUGUCGAGGUUGGAAAAAGUUUGAGUUUUAGCGAUUAACAAAGAUGGCCGACAAAGAACUAUGCUCCUGGAUUGAACAGCGGUCAGUUAUCAAGUUUUUGGUUGCUGAAGAGUGUAAACUAGUUGAAAUUCAUAUGAGCAUGUCAACUAUGUGGGCAAAAUUAAAGAAGGACGGAGGAGUGUUGAGGAUGAAGACAGGCCUGGGUGGCCCACAGAAGUGAGGUCUCCUGAGAUGAUCGAAUCAGUCAAUGAGUUCAUUCAGUCGGACAGAAGGGUGACAGUGGAUGACAUUGCAAGGACUUUGAGCUUAUUUGUUGGGACAGCACACAAAAUUGUCCAGGAUGACCUUGGUUACUCGAACUUCAGCUGCCCGUGGGCGCUAAAGAUGUUGACUGCAGAGAACAAACCGAGGAUGGUCGAGUUGUGCCAGCAGUAUCUCUGCCGCUAUGAGAAAGAUGGUGGUAUCAUACCUGAAAAGGAACGUGGUUUGGUGGGUCGAAAGAAGGUUCGAAGACGGAUGCGAAUGAAGGUACCGCAAAUAUACACUGUAAGAUAGCAGCCGAUCUGACUACUUGAAUUACCAAUUCAUUAUCACUU